AUGUCAAAAAUACCCAACUUCCUCGAAGAGAUUACUUUAGAUGAUGUUUCAACGCAUAUUUAUGAUCUUUAUGUUGACUCAGCACCUUCAGAGAAUCAAGAUCUUGGAAUAGUUUCGAAAAAGGAUCAAUUACAAAUCAGUAUCUCAGAUUCAGAUUAUCAAUUUGAACAAUCAAUUUCGAACCUAAACACAAGUAACAGUUCAACAGGGUUUGUUUUAUGGAGAGUUUCAAUUCCAUUUGUGAAAUGGAUUCAAACAAAGCAAUUACACGACUUCAAAGAUAAAUAUGUUGUUGAAUUAGGGGCCGGUGUUACAGGGUUAUUAAGUUCUACAAUUGGUCUCAAGACACAACAUUGGAUAGCGACAGAUCAAUAUCAUUUAAUCAAACUGUUGAAGAAAAACAUAUCAAAUAACGUGCCCAUUUUCCAAAGUUCAACUAUUGAAUGUGAUAUGAAACCUAAAAAGAAGCAAAUUGUGCCCAAAAUUGAUGCGUGUGUUUAUGAUUGGGAAAAUAUAGAACAAGGAUUGUAUGAAAUUAAAGAAUUGAAUCCAAAAGAACCUGAUUUCAUAAUUGGUUGUGAUAUUGUAUAUAAUGAUUAUUUGGUUCCGUAUCUUGUUGAUGCAAUUGAUAAAUUAGCUGGUCCGUCAACAAGAGUCUUGAUAGGUUUACAAUUGAGAUUACCAGAAAACAUUGAAUAUUUCGUUGAACAAUUGCUCAAAAGGGGACUGAAAGUCUACAAGUAUGAGGAAUCAAGUUUAAUUGAAGAUUUACAACGAGGUUAUGUUGUUUACUACAUAACUAAAUCUGCAUAA